GAAGAGUUGCACUUCUGUGAAUGGCGAUGUAGUGUACGUAGCAUCAAGGCUUGGCAUAUGCGGCAUCCCCCGAGCCACUCCAGGGCAAACCACCCCAUGAUAAGGCCCCCAGCAAUUGGAAAGAAGACUCCGCCCUGCUGACUGCAGCUUUUAUGCGUAACUCGCCUGAGUCUCUUCCCAAUUUAAUCUCCUGUCGUUUCUGGACAAUCCACCACACUUCCGGUGUCCUGCAGGUAUGGCGCCGGCCGUAAAACAAGUACGCCGGCUCCAGACUGCUUGUGACCGGUGCUAUAGGCUCAAGGAACGGUGCACGCGUCAGUCAAUCAUUGAUAUCUGUGGGAGAUGUGCCAGACUCGGGUUGACCUGCGCAACCGUCCGUCCACCGCGACCAGCGGGACGGAAACCUCGGUGCGUCCAGGACCACCUUGCCAAAAACUCUGCCGGGCCAACGUCGAGCGCGUGCAGUCCCAAUGCAAUCUCAGCGCCGCUUGAUAUUGGCAAAUGGAUAAGCGAUCUUCCCGAUCUUGGGCAAAAUGAAAAGGAGAAAUUACUCUUUCUGCUGAACCAGCCCGAAAACCUCAGCUCCUAUGUCUUGGGCCCCAGCUUCCAAGAGGCGGAGCGACGCUCUCUCGCCGCGCACCUGCCUGCAGCGUUGCCGGUACUCAAGGAUGCAUAUCUUGCAUGUGCUGGCGCUCUGAAGUCGACACACUAUCAUCACGAUACAAUGGAAAUGGAUGAUGGCCACGCCAGCCUGCUGCAUGCAUCGACUGCCAUGAAAACACUUCGUGCUCUGCCAGUCGCCACUCCUCAGGAUGCAGUUCUGUGCCUGACCCUGGGCAUUUCACUAUCACUCUUCGUCUACUCAGCCGUCGGUGAGGGCGUCUACGAGAUUUCUCGCCACUGCCUCAGCAUGGCCAGACCGUUCGUUGAAACAGGAAUGCUGGAUCCAGAAGCGGAGCCGUGCUUGACGUUCCUUGUCCUGCUGGAGACGAUGGAAUGCCUGGUACACCGCCGGAGGCCCACCAUCAGGGAUCCACGGAGAUCAAUUGGCCCCAAAAAGGAAGUGGUAGAUCGGCGUCUGGGACUAUGUGUGCCUUUACUGCCGUACUUCCAUGACCUCUGCGUGGUCAGUCACUCCCUUGCCAACACUACCGACGCGGGUUAUAUGGCUCUGGUAGAGACACAAUUGCGUCGAAUCGAGGCUGAGGUUGAAGCGUGGCAGCCAUCACAACCCGAUCAUUUUUUGGAGCAGUAUGAAUCGACAGAGAUCGUCCAGCUCCUCGCCCAGGCCAGGGUGUACAGACUGGCGGCACUCCUUGUGAGCCACCGGCUACGACACACAUUUGGUGACCAGGACGAUCAAGCCAGCAUCUGGGCAAGAGAGAUCAUGGUUGAAUUGGAACUUGCCCGACGAAUCACGAAGCGGCCGGCACAUUGCGUGACUUUGCCGUUCAUCACGGCUGCACUCGAGAUGCGGGAUCUGGAAGCCCGCCGCCAGACACUCCAGAACGUAGAUGAAUAUGUCGACCAAUUCGCGCCAAUGGUGCAAAAAGCCACAAAGACGUUCUUGUGCAGAGUCUGGUCGGAACGGGAUAACAAAGUCACGGCCUCUUGGUUUGAUUCGACAUGCAAACCCUGUGUUGUCUUGACCUCAAUCGACGCGGCGCUCUUCGGUUGACCAUCUG